CCUUCUUCGCGGUCACAGUACUAACUGGGCUACAGUGCUGGUUGGGCCGUAUAACGAAUCAACGACGAGUGACUGAGUUGAGAAUUUUUGCGAGCGGAGUUGUUUCAGUUGUUUUAUCGCUUUGUCGGUUUGUUUAUUACGUUAAGUGAUUCCGACGAUUCGCGGGGAUCUUAUUGAGUUUUCCUCUUCCUAAUUGUUUUCCUUUCUUGACCAUUUUCCUUUAAUUUUUACCCAGACCCGUUUUACAACUCCAUAGUUAGUGCGGUCUCCCGUUCGACAUGCAAGACGCUGAAGCCUCUUGCGAAAGCGAGGAGGGGAUUCCCGAAUCGCUUUCCUCGCCGAACUUUUCGUCUUCUUUAGACAUAUCCGUUCAGCCAAAUUUUUCUUCGGAAAAAAUUAUAGUUCCAUUGGAUCAGUUUUCGGAAUUUGUUUUGCGCCAUGGCAGUACAGAAUCACAUGAUCAACAUGGUGUCGCAGAGAGGGCUGCCUCCAGUUAUAAUGGAAGUAAUGUACGAAAACGAGCAUCAAUAGCAGCCUCCGGCAGUCCGGAAAGGAAAAGAGCUUCCGAGACCGCGGAUGCGGAUAAGGCCUCAAAGGGGGGGUCAGAACAAACAAGAUAUUCAGGCGAGUCGGACUUCAAAAAUCAGGUUAGACACGAAGUCACACCAUUUUUGCCGAAGACCAGGAUAUGCUACGCCUGCUUCAGGGUGGGACAUGUUAGUAGCAGCUGUAAGGGGAAACCACGUUGUAUGGUUUGUGGCAAGGAUAAACACACGGAAUCGAAUCCAUGUUUGGUAAGCAAUGAAACUCCGAUUUGCGUAAAUUGUAGCGGAGGGCAUCUCCCCACCUAUCCUUUUUGUCCGGCGGUCAUUCAACAUAAGAAAAUCACGGCCCUUGCUGCCGCUGAGAAUAUUUCUUUUUCCGAUGCCAAACGUAGGAUACAGGGUACGUCCUUUAACACUAGGAUUAACCCGGUGUAUGAUUUCCGCAAUUUUCCUAUAUUACCAGGGUCGACAUCGUUUCCGACAAGUAAUGGCGAUCAGGUUCCUUAUAAUAAUCGUUUUUCGCCGCUUCAAUCUUUUCAGGAACCAGACGGUCAGGAUGGUUAUUCUUACGCGGCGGCCACAGCCUAUAGAAGGCCGGCUCCUCUUCCGAGCACUUUUGUACCUCAACCUUCUCAGCGUAGCCAUUUUGACGUUUCACGAAAGCACUCAGCAGGACACCGUCCAGGCGCUCCUGCCCCCGACAUACUUUACCCUAAUGGUAGACCUCCGUCUUCUGGGCCAAAUGGGGUUGCCUUGCAGGCGCAGGUUCAGGCUCCUCCUCCACGUGCAGACUUGUUCCCCCCGUCGCGACAUUUAGGUUCACUUUCGGAGACACACGGGUCGGGCACGUUCUCAGCCCCUGACUUAGGUUUUCAUCCACGCGAAACUCAUGUUCCUGGCGAUUGGUUAGACUCUAUUUGGCGGAUGAUACAAACCAAAUUGGAAGAAUUUGUCAAAUUUCAUUUGUUGCCUUCGUUAAAUAUAGGCCAGUUUUUGUUAAAUUCCGUUUCGGAUAACGCCGUUCAAGUAACUCAAGACAGCAAUCAUGUUGGUUAUGACUAAUUCCAAACAGCGUUCGAAUCACAUUAGACUGUUACAAUGGAAUUGUAGAGGCUUGAAGGGGAAAUUACCCGAGCUACAACACAUCGCUCAGCAAUAUGAUAUUAUUUGUUUACAAGAAACGAUUUUGAAGGUUGACAGUAGAAUUAAAAUACAAGGUUUUGAUUUCAUCAGAGGCACUUCUAUCAGUAUUAGGGAUAGGGGCGUCGGAAUUUUCAUACGCAAUACUUUGCAAUAUUCUUUAUCUACGCCUAUCGCAAUUGCUCAUUCAUCUAUAGAAACUUCAUUUGUUUCAGUUCAGUUAGAUUCAGAUCAUUUGGUCAUUAUGAAUGUAUAUCGACAUCCAAACACGGAGACCCCGUCAAACAUUCUUGCCAGAUUAUUUGAUUAUUCUCGUAGUUUUAAAUUUUUUGUUAUUCUUGGCGAUUUUAAUGCACA